AUGGACAAGCAUGAGCAGGAAAGAUACCGGAAAGUGGAUCUACAGGCCCUCAGUGACAAGAGCCCACCUGGUGCUGCAUCAGCGGGUGCAAAUGAGUUGGCCCCAACUCUGGCGGACCCCUGCAAGGCAGGGAUGCUCAAAGCAGGCACGUUGGAGGAGCUGGUGGACCACCUGGUGCCUGCCCUGCUGUUCGGGGACCCGACAUACAUCCCUAUCUUCCUAUGCACUUAUCGACGUUUUGCCACCACCCAGCAGGUACUGGACCUGCUGUUCACUAGAUACGCCUCCUUCUUCCUCUACUCUAAUGAGGUUGGUGGACCAUGGCAGCAACUCAAACUAGCCAUGUCAUACAUCUUGGGUACUUGGCUGAACGAGUACUCCAGGGACUUCACUGAACCUCCAGACUUCCCCUGCCUCAAGAAGCUGGUGGCUUACCUGAAGUUCAACAUGCCUGGCUCAGAAGAAGAGCGCCAUGCCAAACUUCUCCUUGUCCACCUUGAACACCUGGUAUCCAGCGAGGAGAAGUCUGAGGUGAUUUGUCUUGGAACAGCUCCACGGCUAGAGCCCACUGAGGCGCCUCUUCUGGCACACAACCCCAUGGCUGUACCGUCAUUAGGUCCAUUGCUGCUGCUAUCGCAAUCUUCAGAGGCAGAGAGGGCUCUAACACCUGCCCUGGAGAAAGAGUCCACUCAAAUGGUAGCUCUAGAGCACCAGUCAUAUUCUGGAUGUUCUCCAGAAUGGGUUCCAGCUCGCACACAGUCCCUUGAGCUUGAGCCAGCUCCGGCAGCAUUCCUACCAAGGGGCGCUUCCUGGGAAUCCCUGGAGUCAGUGGACAGCCAAGCCAGAGAGAAGAAGCCAUCCUUUAUGGUCUUCCCUCCCCAGCUGGUGGCACAGCAGUUCACACUAAUCGACGCUGAGCUGUUCAAGAAGGUGGUGCCCUACCAAUGUCUGGAGUACAUCUGGUUCCACGGGGACAAAAGCGCAAAGGGGCAUGUGGCACCCACCGUUCGUGCCGUUGUCACCCACUUUAACUAUGUGGUGAAUUGUGUGAUCCAAACCUGCCUUGGGGAUGAGAACUUGGAUGCUUCUGACAGAGCCAUGGUGGUGGAGAACUGGAUCGAGGUGGCCUGGGAAUGUCAGGUUCUGAAGAACUUCUCCUCCUUCUGUGCCAUCCUCACCGCUCUGCAGAGCAAGGCCAUCCACCGCCUGCAGAGGACAUGGAAAGAGGUUGCCAGAAGGAGCUUUGAAGCAUUCCAAACUAUGUCAAAGUCUUUGACUCACAAAACCAACCAGCUUGUGAACAGAGAGCUGCUCUGUCAGGGUGUCAUCAGUGGAGCCAUCCCCUUCCUGGGAACAUUCCUAAAUAUCAUGGCCAGGGUGGAGAGCAGUAUGGAAGAAUACAUCCAUGUGAGUGACCACGGGUUUGGGGAACUAGGGCUGGGUGGUGACGGCCCUCGGUGGAUGGCAAGUCCAUCGGUGGUGACCAUGGAGUGUGACACCAGGUCCUCCAAGGAAUUUAAAGUCAUCACAAAUAUAACUAUGCUCCAGUCGGCCUGUGAAAACUACUCUUUCCGACCUCAUGAGUAUUUUCUGGAGUGGUUUAGGGACACGGAAGUGCUCACCAUGGAUGAGAG